UUCCUGUUCACUUUUUUUAGCAGAGUGUCCGAUCUCUUUUGAUUUACCGCAAAAAGAAAUGGAGUCCGGGGAAUCACAACAGGACGAAGGAGGCGUCGACGUUGAUACGGGGAAGACUUACUGUGGCAGUGAAACCCUCGGAAAGCCGACAGAUGCAGCCAAUGUGAGCGAUGAUCAUUCCCAACAGAGACCCCCUGACAGCAGACCAACGGACCAGCCCACCCCUCAGAGUCAGCCACACAAGACAACGCUUUUUGUCCAAGUGAAGGAGACACAAUGGCCGAUCAUCUACUCGCCGGACUACAACAUCGGGUUCUUAGGACUUGAGAAACUCCACCCCUUUGAUUCGGGAAAAUGGGGCAAAGUUUUCAACUUCUUAAAAGCGGAUGGCAUGGUGAGCGACGAAACGAUAGUGCGCCCUCAAGAGGCAACGACGGAAGACCUACUAGUAGUUCACACCAAGAAAUACCUGGACAGUUUAAGGGAAAACAUUGCUGUAGCUAUUCCUGAGUGGAGUGUGACGGUCGCUAGCAUCACUGAGGUGCCUCCUGUAGCCCUCCUGCCAAACCCGAUCGUCCAGAGGAGAGUACUCAAACCGCUCAGAACGCAGACAGGAGGAACAAUACUGGCAGGCAAGUUAGCCAUGGAGCGCGGCUGGGCUAUCAACAUCGGCGGUGGCUUCCAUCAUUGUUCAAGUGAGAGAGGGGGUGGCUUCUGUGCCUUUGCAGACAUCACUCUUGCCAUAAAGUUUCUCUUGGACCUUCGUAUGGUGGAGAAGGUCAUGAUCGUGGACCUGGACGCUCACCAGGGUAACGGCCAUGAGAGAGACUUCAUGGAUAUGCGGGAAACCGUCUUUAUCCUGGAUAUGUUCAACCGAAGUAUCUACCCUCACGACGGGUACGCCAAACGAGGAAUCAGUCGGAAAGUGGAGCUGGAUUUUAACACGGAAGAUGGACCAUUCCUGAGAGCUGUUGAAAGACAUUUAAAACAAGCUUUAGAGGAAUUCCGACCAGAUCUAAUUGUCUACAAUGCCGGCACGGACAUACUCGAGGGAGACCCUCUUGGAGCGCUGUCAAUCACACCAGAGGGCAUUGUGCAGAGAGACCAGAUGGUCUUCGAGAUAGCAAAGAACAGAACGAAACCCAUUCCAAUCCUGAUGGUCACAUCCGGAGGAUACCAGAAGAACAAUGCUCGCAUCAUUGCAGACUCCAUCCUGAAUCUAAAAAAACAGAGGCUUAUACAAUGCCAAGAAGCUGAGGAGUACCUCAAGAACAAAGCCAAACAAUCUCCAAGUCAAGAGUCCUCUGUUGAUACCGGAGCAGCCAACGCAAACCCAACAAGCAGGAGAUCCUGGAGUUCAAUUUUCGGUUUCAAGAAAUAAUACCAUUAGAUAGACAACAGAUAUUUUUCUAAUCUGCUGUUGCUAUUUUUGCGGAAGUCAACUUUCGCGCGCAUGCGUCAGUUGGUAACCGAUCGGUUCUCAGACUUUUAAAACUACCCUUUAAAAAAGCAGUUCUUCCGAGCCAUUGAUCGGAAAGAAAAGUUAAAUCAUCUUUAAUAAAAAGUGGGAUUUGAUGUAGAACAAUAAAAGUAAGAAAAAAUAUUUUUUGGGAAACUAUAAAAUAAAAUGGUUUCGGCGAGAUUUAAACCCCGCUCCUUCGGCAGACGAAAGCACUUGUUGAUCUGAUCUAGCUGCUGAAUUUUUAUUCAAUUCCUGAGGGGAUUUAAAAAUUGUUUUGAUUCGAAAACUUUUGCAAUUCUGUGACUACAUGAUGAAACAUGUGCUACCGUUUCUGUAAAAAUAGCUACUGUGUUUCUUGCAAGUCAACACAGGUGAAAAUCAGAAUCUUUUACUGCAUGGAGUUGUAGAAGUCUUUUGCUGUGGGUUGCAGGAUGUGGGAUAUUUAUGCACACUUAUUUGCCUAUCUGGUGUUAUAAAUGUGAGAAAUAAUUGACAUAAAUAUCCCACUUCCUGUUUGUAAAUAAGGGAAUAAAAUAUGUGCUUGGCUGGGUUUAACCACUUCGCGCCGGGAUUAUUUUUGCUGAAAAAUUCGAUUUUCGCAACAGGCAAAAUUUUCCAACCAACAUCUGAUAUACAGCCAAAUGCCACAAAUACUGAAUCGCAAGAGUCAUUUCAACAGUAUUUGUACGAUAUUUCUUGCUGAAACCUCAUAUGUUUCAAUACUCCGGGUGUGCACUGGAGCGUUAACUAUAGAACAAUAGGCCAUGCACAAUGGCCAAUUCAAGAUCCACACAUGGUCCGCCUCCACAGACUUCACGGACAUUUUGUGCGUGUACAAAAGACACCAGGGAUUAGCGUGUUUAGAAGUCAACCGGAGGUGAGUGGAGGCAAUCUUAACCUAUCAGCCGUGUCUGUGUAUAAAAACAGCCAGUGUGUGCUAUCACGUCCUCCAACGUGAACUGGUUAAACAAGUACGUUUCAAACCUGCUAGGGGCCUGGUUGCCGAUAUUUGGCUCGGGCCAUUAUCCCCGGCCAGGCCCCCAGCCGGUUUUUAAUGUACUCGUUUAAAACCAGCUGAUUAAUCACAUAUUUAUUCCAAUUCAUAAAUACCUUGCGGUCAAAAAGUCAAAACAAGUAAAAAAAAAUCACAAAUUUCCAACGAUUU